AUGAUGGGCGGUGAGGUGAUCGUCGAGAAGAACCCGGAGAGCAAAUUUUGCGUGGCGAGCAAGGAGCCGCUGUGCGACAGUGUCAUAUGGGACCUGCUGCAGAACUACUACCGGAGGGCGGCCAUCAACGCGUGGAAGGAAAAUGUGGUACCGUCCUUCGUGACCAGCAAUAGCAAAAUCGCCAAGGACUACGCAAGAGUGAUAAUUAAUUACAUGAAGGACUGGUUCAACAGCAACGAGUGCAACAGAAAUGUACCCAUAUACAUAUUAGAAAUAGGAGCAGGUCAUGGAAAAUUUACGUACCUCAUUUUAAGAGCAUUAACCAAAUAUCAGAAAUAUUUUAAGAGCAUGAAUCUUCCGGACAGGCCAUUCGUGUAUGUAUUUACAGACAUAGCGAAGGACAACAUCACGUAUUGCAUGAACAAUGGGAGGUUGAAGCGGUUCAUAAGUACAAGGGAGAGUUGUGAUAGAACAUUCACAAGUAAAAACAAUUCUUAUUAUGACUCUGAAUUUGAAAAAAAUGAAGAAAUCAAUUACGACUCUUCAACAAACACAUCCAGCUACUCCUCUUCGUAUAACGAUACGGAUUAUUCAGAUGAAAGGGUAAGAAAUUAUGCAAAUUUUUCUAUGCUCGAUUUUGCUUACUUUGAUGGAAAUGAAACAGAAGACAAAAUUUUUUUACAAGUCUCCAAAAGUUAUAUUCCUCAAAAUACACCCAUCGUGCUAAUUUGCAACUACGUCUUGGAUUCGCUGCUGACCGAUGCGUGGGUUGUUAAUGGGCAGGAUGAUUUCAGGAGGGCCCUUCUUUCUGUGUACUCGCCAAAUGUAGAAGAAGACAAAACGAAUGCAGACAUUAUGCUACGUAUGUCUGUUACAUGGGACUGGGAAAAAGUCAAUAUCGAUGAAGAAAUUAAAAAGGAAAAAACGGAUAAGCCAUCAGAUUAUUUAAGAAAAUAUAAAGACAUUUACACUGUGCUCAAGUUGUACUCCUACUUCAAUCAACCAUUAUCCUUUGUCCUUCCAGUCGGAGCAUUCAUUUUAUUUGAUAGGAUGCUUAAAUUGAGUGGAAAUAAAUUAUUAUGCCUUAUUGGUGAUAAGGGUUAUCAAUCCUAUGAAGAAUUUAAGGGACACAGGGAUCCACAUAUUGUAGUUCAUGGAAGUCUUUCCUUUAUGGUUAACUUAAAUGCCAUUUGCUUGUACUUUCUAUCUCGGGGUGGGCAUUAUAUACAUACCCCCUACUCGGACACAUUUCAGAUCGUCACCCUAUUAAUGCAUAAGAAGCAUUAUGAGGGGGGAGGCGAUUAUGAAUCGGAGGUGGAAGAAGGAGUUUUUCUAUCAGGAAGAAAUAGCCUUGGUGAUGAAUCAAACUUAACAUACUCCAAUUUAACAGAGCGGAUGCGAAAGGAUAGUCGAGGGGAAAUUAAUCAAUUUGAUAUUAUUGAUUACUUUAAGAAAAGCUCUAAGGAUGGGUAUUUAAAGAGGAGGUACCAGCACCAAAUAAGCACGGCGUCUUCCUCCUGCAGGUUGAAGGGAAGCAUAGGGAUGAACAAAACGGAUCUGAGUAAUCGCUUAUCAGGCCGCUUACCCCCGAAUGACCAAUGUGUGUACAAAAAGAUGAAAAAAAUAAACUUAAAAAAUUUAAACAGCAUGUCGAUAAAGUUUGGGGGAACCAUUUCUUCCUUCUACGAUAACAUGGAACAGUUUCCACCUGAUGUCUUGAUCAACUGGCAAAAGGCAGUCAUCCACAACAUCAACAACAACCCUGCUAAUGUGAGCAUAAAGGAGCUGAUCUCUUUGCUGAGGUACUCUAAUCAUGACUCGGAUGUUUUUUAUAACAUAAGAAAUGUGUUCACCACUUUGAUCAACUACCCCAACAUCAAUGGAAGGACAGAGAAGGACAUCCUCCUGGACAUAAAAGAAUGCUACGAUAAUUAUUACUCCUUGAAGGCGGAUGAAGAUAUCGCUGAUGUGUGUGGUCAUGUUUGUAUGAAGUUUGGUGAGUUUGAGAAAGCCAUAUAUUAUAUGAAACAGAGCUUGCGCAAUUUUAAGCAGAGUCGACACUCUUCAACAUACAUUAACAUUGCGUCAUGCUAUAAGGUACUCCGGAAUUAUCACAAAUCGAUUAAAUUCAUCAGAUGUGCUAUUAAGUUGUCUAACAGGGAGGCUCGAAAGAGAGUUCCGUGCGGGGAGGAAGGAGAAGAAGCGGGACACCACCCACAUGGUGAACGCAGCGCACAUGGAGGACACAUCCCCAACAACCUAAAUCACGCACAUGAUCUCCUGUACAACAUCCAGUUCUGUCUGAACCCAAUCACCUACGCCAUCGUGGGGGUCAACCACUUUGUGCAGAAUGAUGGCCUCUACUACCUCUCCUUUGAAAAUCGAAUAAAACUCAAGUUCAUUUUUUUGCUCGCCAAGGAGGAGGAAGCAGUGCUAAGCUUCAUGAACAGGAAGUACAAAAGUUCACUCUACGAAAAGAGCACUCGAAAUAUGGACCUCUCAGAAAUUAAGAUCGUCAGGGUUUAUCACGCGAAUGAGGUCAUCUCCAUGGAGGACGUGGACACCAUCCAACACAGUGGUGCAGAAAAAGCAGACGUAAUGAACCUUGCCCAUAAUAAAGCGGAGGAUGAAAAUCGAUCCUACCAAAAUGUAUCCACAUUGAAGAAGAACCUCUGCGAUUGCUUAUCAAAGUACAACUUCCAGUUCUGUGUAAUUGAUGCCCCGUGGGCCAUAAAGGCAGAUGUGACAGAGUUGAUGCUGGAUCAUUCAAAGCACAUCUUCACGUAUGGUACCCUAUCUGACUGUAGUAAGCGCUCCAUGGAAGUGAUUGAAAAAUAUAAACAAGUUUCUAAACAAGUCAGUUGGGUGAACAACAACUACGUCCAUGACGAGUGCCUGUACGAAGCCAGAGAUGCACUGAACCACAUCAAGAGCGUCAUUUCCGUGACAGUCACCCAUUACAGUAUGAACUUGUACAAUAAGCAAAAUAGCUCCAUCUCCAGUGCUCAUAUUUUGACGGAAGAUCUGUGUAUCAUUCUGAAUGCCCUGCAGGUUAUCUUGAACCUCAAUGUGACAGGCUUGACGGCCAACUUUUUGAAACGCCGGGGAGGCGAAGCCCAGUGCAAAUUAGUAACGAAGGAGAAACAAAGCGACACAUUAGUAACGGAUGAUACAAAUCCUGAACAUGGUCUGGAAGACCUCACUUCAGACGUAGCUGGGGAAAAGAAAGAUGACACACACCUAGACGUAGAAUACAUCUCCCUCUCAGGCAUACUAACCUUCCAACACCACAAAACUCUGCCAGAUGAAAUGAAUGUGCAUGGAAACUACCUCCUAAUGAAUAACCGAAAUGAAGAAUUCUUAACAAAAAUUAUUUUCGUUGGAGUUCAUGGCUCCUUGUGCUUAAAAAAAACGUUAUCAAAUUGGUCAGUUCAAGUUUUUAAUCUGAAUAAUGUAAAGAUGUAUGAAAAGUCGGGUCGCAUUUCAGGUAGCCAAAAUUCCAACGAUGUGUUCAUUAGCCAGUAUUUGAUAAAAACGGAUGGCAAGGAUAACGGGGUCAAGCAUUUUAACGAGUACGACUUGAAGGGUUCCUGCAAGGGUUCCAGUGAGUCCAUCGACUCAGACAUUGACAUCUUGGAGUUUUCUACUGACGAGGAAUGGGAAGGAUCACAUCCAAAGGCGUCUCCCCAAAUAGAGGCCUCCUCUGGGGCCACCAUCGACGUUGUGAAGAAAGAAUGCUCCGAUGAGGUUGAGUCUACGAAAGCGCACUCUGCAGCAGUGGCCGCAAACAACACCAAGCAUGAAGAUCUAUGUACUGAUAAAAAUGUGGACGUUCUGAAAGGCUUGCCAGGAAGGAGAUUCCAGUCCACUGGUAAAGACGUAUACGAAAAUGUAGACUUGGAUGAAUCCCUCGUGGACGUCACGGUUAAUAACAACUGCUUUUACUCGAGGAUCGUUGAGGGGGUACAGAUGUCCCACAAGAAGGGGGGUGCGAUGGUGCACUUUAAGUACAAGGCGGCUUGA